AUGGAUUCAUGGCAGUCGUACUCGGAUCCUGCUGGCGCGUCCAGGCGUUAUAACGACAGCAGCCAGAGCCAGGCGCAGAGCCAAGGCCAGGGCCAGAACCCGAGCCUGUCGCGGGAUUUCAACGGGCUGCAGUCGCAGCAGCACAGCCCGGCGCAGCAGCAGCAACAGCAGCAAGCACCACCAUCAUCGCAACAUCACAUUCUUCAUCUCCAUCAACCGCAGCAGCAGCAACAGCAACAACAACAGCCGCCGCCGCAGCAGCAGGACCAUCAUCACCAGCAGACGCCCGUGUUCAAAUACGACCAGUACAGCCCACAGCAGCAUCACCAUCAGCAGCAGCAGCAUCACCAUAUCCUCCAGUCCCCAAGCCACAAAUCGACAACGUCUCCAAUCGGCGCGCCGCAGAUACGCGACGGCAACGGCGACGUUACAAUGGCGGACGCGAAUGAGCAAUACGCCGGCAUGAAGUACCCGAUGCGGCCGCAUCACCAAUCCCACAUGAGCGGCGGUCGUCCUGGCACGCUCCAGUCCCCGCAGGAGGCCUCGGCCGCUGCCCAACGUUACUCCCCCAUGGAGGUCAUGUCGCCCGCCUCGCCCUAUGCGCCCUACACCCCGAAGUCUGCCGCGAACAACCAAUUCUCCAACCACACGGGCCAGCGGCAGUCUCCCUCUCGCAUUUCCGACUACGGCAGCGCCAUGCAGAGUCCCUACCCCCCGCAGAGUCCCUACUACCCAAGCCGCCAGCCGUCGCUGUCACAGCCUCAUUCCCACAGCUCGCAGCAUCAGCAGCUACCUCCAAUCUCGCCUCACCUUGGCGCUCACGAUGGCUACCCCCAGUCCGCCAUUACCCCUACCGAUUCGCCCUACUCCGCAGACCCUAAAUCGCCGAGGCGCCCCGUCGCACAGCCUCCUCCAGCUGCCGAAAGAGGCCCUGUCCCCGAGCUGAAGAAGCUAAGGUCGCCUGCGGACCUGCGUCCCAAGAUCAACACGCAGCCUCCGUUUCGCAGGGCGAACCCUGAAGGCGGCUUCAUAAGUCCACUCCAAGCUCUCACUGUACACCUUCCGGCGACCUACAGAAUCUGCAACCCUAACUUCAAGUACGAGUCUUCGAGAAACCCCCGUCGAGUCUUGACGAAGCCGAGCAAGGGCACCAAGAACGAUGGGUUCGACAACGAAGACAGCGACUACAUCCUUUAUGUCAAUGAUAUCCUAGGGUCCGAAGAGGCUGGUCACAAGAACCGCUACCUUAUCCUCGAUGUCCUAGGCCAAGGAACUUUCGGGCAGGUGGUCAAGUGCCAAAACUUGAAGACACAGGAGGUCGUCGCGGUCAAAGUCAUAAAAAAUCGCACCGCGUACUUCAACCAAAGCAUGAUGGAGGUUUCUGUUCUCGACCUGCUCAACACAAAACUUGACAAGAACGACGAUCACCACCUACUACGACUAAAGGACACAUUCAUCCAUCGACAACAUCUCUGCUUGGUGUUUGAGCUCCUCAGCGUGAACCUGUACGAACUGAUCAAGCAGAACCAGUUUAGGGGCCUCAGCACGACGCUGGUUCGCGUGUUUGCUCAGCAACUGUUGAACGGGCUGGCGCUACUGAACAAGGCACGGCUCAUCCACUGCGACCUCAAGCCCGAGAACAUCCUGCUCAAGAACCUCGAGAGCCCCAUCAUCAAGAUCAUCGACUUUGGUUCGGCGUGCGACGAGCGGCAGACGGUGUACACAUAUAUCCAGUCGCGCUUCUACAGGUCCCCCGAGGUCCUGCUCGGACUCCCCUACUCGUCCGCCAUCGACAUGUGGUCGCUUGGAUGCAUCGUGGUGGAGCUGUUCCUCGGUCUGCCCCUGUUCCCCGGCUCCUCCGAGUACAACCAGGUUUCCAGGAUAGUCGAAAUGCUCGGCAACCCGCCGAACUGGAUGAUGGAGAUGGGGAAACAGGCGGGCGAGUUCUUCGAAAAGCGAUCUGACGAGUUUGGCCGACGGACCUAUCACCUGAAGAGCAUGGAGCAGUACUCGCGCGAACACAACGCGAAGGAGCAGCCCAGCAAGAAGUACUUCCAGGCCAACACAUUGCCCGAAAUCAUCAAGACCUACCCGAUGCCACGUAAGAACAUGAAGCAGAGUGAGAUAGAUCGAGAGAUGAACAAUCGGAUCGCCUUCAUCGACUUCGUUAGGGGACUUCUCACAAUCAAUCCUCUGGAAAGGUGGUCGCCCCAGCAAGCCAAGCUGCACCCCUUUAUCACACAGCAGAAGUACACCGGGCCGUUUGUGCCACCGAUGAACCUCAAGUCGAGCUCUCUUAACAGGUCGCCCGCACCGGGGACCCAGCAGCAGCAGCAGGCUGAGGCGUUUAGCAAGCAGCGUGCCCAAGCAGCACAGGCGCAGGCGAACUCGGCCGCUCAGGGGGCAUACAACACAAUGGGGGCAGGUCAAUACCAACAGCCCCAGCCCCAGCCCCAGCCCCAGCCCCAACAACAACAGCAGCCGCAGCAACAGCGCCAGCAGCACCAGCCUCAAGGGCUCGCCCAGCCAACCGCGCCCAUGUAUCCGAACAACUCGCUGUACUCGCCGGGCGGCAGUGGUCACGCGGCCCCGCCCCCGCCGUAUGCGCCAGCCCAGAAUGCCUACGGACAAAUGGUCAUGCCCCAGGCGCCCGCGCAGAUGCCGCCGGCAAACUACUCGGCGGUGCCUUUGCAGCAGUCACAAGCGCCCCAGCAGCAGCCACAGUCAAGCCUGUACGCGCAGCAAGCAGCUCGGUCGCGCCAGCGCGCCUCGACGAUGGAGCAGCAGCAGAGCGGCAUUCCUGCCGCGAUCCAGAGGGUAGCAAGCCAUCUGGACCCGAGCCAGCCGAUCCGACUGCAGCCGAGUCCUGCUUACUACCCUCCGCCAGCCGAUGGCGGGUCCCUCAUGGACCAAGCCGCGGGUCGCAUGGGUUCGGCUCGGAGGGGCAGCCGCGCGCAGCAACAGGGAGGGCGCGGAAACAACAGGGACUUUAUCCGGAACCUGGAGGAGCGGACGCUUGAGGAGGGUUUCAUGGGCAACCAGCAGAGCUCUUGGCACUGA